AUGUCUCAGCGCACUAAGCCCUAUCGCCCUGGGGCCAUGGGGCUCCAAUGGGGCAUGUUGCAACCUGGAGAAGAUCCGCCCAGCCGCUUCAUCUCUCCACUCAAUCAUCCGCCGCCACCGCUAUCCGCAAACCCCACGACCGCCAACUCGGGCAAGGAUUCCACAACAGAGGCUGGGGCGCAUUCUUUAUCGCAACAUCAAGAUUCCUUAACCAUUGACGAGCCCCCGCCAUCACCAACCGUCACGCUCGUUGAUAUCUUCCCUUGCUUCCAGCGUCACUCUAUCGCUAAACCCCAAGCGGACCAACACCGCGUCAGGGCGUUUCGCGUCUGCGCUUAUCCCCCCCUUUGCCAUAUGUAUCCACCGCGAUUUCGUCACUUCCAUCUGUCGCACAUGCUCGAUUUGGUGCUUUCCAUCAAACCGAUGAUGCGCCCCAUCAGGGCAACCGAUCCAGUCGCAUUCCCCUAUUCCACUCUAUUGUACCAAGCGCCUGUCGAGUCCGACAUCCAAUCGAAGUCGGCGGCGGACAAGAACUCUGCCGAAGCUCGAUCCUCCAUUAGACGCAGCCGCCUUCAAAAUUCCGAACGAGUGCAGCAACGCCGACGUCGCCUCGCUAUCACCGCUGCUAUCAACAGUGGCAAUGCUGCUGCUGCUGCUGGUAACAACCAUGACAACCUCAGACGCCGAUCCCCUCCAGCCGAACGAUCAAGCGGUUCCAAUAGCGAUAGCAACAGCAACAAUGCGCCAAAUAAUGCGGAAUCUAGUCGCGACACCACGCGUGACGGGGCUAGUCGUAUAGGUGGUAUGCUCGAUGACCAGGUCAUUGCCUUGUUUGGCAGGCGGUUGGCUCACCUGCAUUCACUGUCCCAGUACCCAGGAGCCCUUACUGACGAUGAGGAUCCCGAACCCAACCCUUUCCUCGCGCAUAUGACCGCGGAACCACCUUUUGCACACAUGGCCGUUGAACCUGGCUUUCUGUCUCGUAGAGUGCCACCACCACCGCCGCCGCCCGUAGAACCUCGUACAUCGUCUCAGAUGAAUCGGGGCCCACCUACCCCGAUCCGAGAACGCGCAGCUUUGCGCCGCAUCAGGGAUCGGACCGCGGACCGGGCCUCGUCUCUCUACGGCACAUGGGGUAAUCCUUACCCUAGGCCUGACGCAAUGUCUGGUCGCCGCCGAGGUGAGCAGGCACCGUCUGUUGACGCGCCGCAAGUGGAUGGUUUGGGAGAUCGCAACCGAAGUCUCAGUCCCGAGGGCGACCAUGUCUGGGACAUUUUCACGACCACCCUGACGCCAGACCCACUAACGCCCAGCUCUGGCUCUUCGUUUGCUUCCGUUUCGGCAUCUGCGGUUGCCUCGCAGAAUGCGGCGGCACCCUCCGUCGGGACUUCUGUCACCGUCCCGGAUGUGCCCGUAGAAGUUGCAGAAGCGGAACCUCCGUGUGAGUCGGGGGGUGAAAAUUCCGACACGGAAGGUGAUGAGGAUGACGAGCUGGACGUGAACCCGCUUACUCGUUUUCCUCUAGCUCCUAGCUUGAACAGCAUUCGAAGGUCGUAUGCGGAUGUUACCCGCAAUGACAGCAGUGAUGAUUCUCUGGAGAUCUUGGGCGGUAUGGGAGGCCUGCAGCGCAUCGUGCGCAAUCUUGCUACGCGCGAGGAUGUCCCCGAUGAGUGGUGGGCUGAAGCCGGGCUCAGCCGGAUGCUUUCACGGGGUGCAUCUGGAAACUGAGCACAAUCAUUGCAGUGUCUGUGUGCGUGUUUCGAACUCAUGGCAUUUGCUCUCAGGAGCAAAAUUGCUCGUGCAGUUAGUGAUGCACACUUGAAUCCCCGGGUUUUCUCUUCUCUUCU